UCUACUGAUCUUGGACCUACGAAACCCACCUGAAAAACCAUAUCUCAGCCUUACCGAUCAUUCUGUCAUGGGGAAAAAACAGCGUCAGCUACGACUGUGCGUUAUUCUUCUCACUUAUGAACAACUUGACGUGACUUAUGGAAGGGACUCAACCGUGGAGGAUAUAUUUCACGAAGUGUGCAAUAUUGUACAGCUAGAUGAACGUGAGCUUUUUGGUCUGGCGGUUCGCUCAGCGGAGACAUAUCUGUUUUUAGACCCUAGUGAGAAAGCGUCGGACAUCGAUUUCGAUUACCUUAGUUUGUCCGGACGAAGAUACUUUUCUAAACUGAAAAGACAUGAAAAAGCAUUUUGGUUGCACUCGGGAACGAAAUCGGAUUCCGUGGCUUCAACAGACAGAGAGUCAAUUUAUCCGACUGUCUACUUCCGGGUACGGUUUUACAUCCCGCUGCACUGUGUUCGCUUGCGUUCUACAGUAAGUAUAUACUACGAGCAAUUGAGGACAAAUGUAUUGGAAUACGGCAUACUUUGUGCGCCCAGUUCUUACGUACAGCUGAGCGCUCUCGCUCUUCAGGCGGAAUACGGGGAUGCUCCUGUAGAGCACGGGUCCCAGGAGGCGCUCGGUUGCUCACUCCCGCGGUACUUCGAUCCCUCUUCUAUUUAUCCGGAAAAGCUAUCAGGCAUUGAAUUUUCAUGGCUUCUUCAAAACGCGUCGAGCGGAUUGUACUGUAACGACACUUCGGGGUAG